AACUCCUGACUCCUGAGGAUUGAUCGACAAGAUGACAGAGAGAACAGAGGAGCAAAAAGAUCUAUCGAAGAAAUGAUUUUCAGAUCGCACACUUUCUCCUUCAAAUUUGAUUGACAGCUAUGCUGGCUCAUAUCUUAUGAAGGAGACGUGUACACGUAAGUUCUUUGCACGUAUCGGUACUGGUAUGUUUGAAAGCAGGGAUAAAAAGCAGCGCAUCAUCGUCGGAAACUGCACAGGGACCGAUUACAAUCUUGUAGAAUUACGAGAAAGCUCCAAAUAUUAAAAUCCGACAUCGAGACACACACCGACAACAACUUUUAAAAGAUCAAGUGAGACGAAAGACUUCAUGGUGGCCUGGCUAGCUAGUAGAAGUAUUCUUGCAUAGACGUGUACCAGGUACCGUACUGUAUCCUCAUUCGGUCCACAUGAAUGAAUGAUUGAUUGUUGAUCUCCAUGAAAGGCACCCAAACACACUUUCACAACUCCUUCACCGCGUCCUGUUACGGUUUAGUCUGUUCGGUUGAUCCAUCUUUCUGGUUCAUAAUUUCACAACUGACUUGACAAAUAAAUCGACAAUCAAGAAGAAAGAAACAACACGAUGUCUAUCCAAACUCAGCAGCAACAGCAGCAACAACAACACGAGACAAGAAGCAAGUCUCUGUGGAGCUCCGUGCUGUCCGUACUGUGGGAAUUUUGGAGUUGGCUGUUGAGCAUUCCGGAUUUGGUGUUUCCCAUUGUGAACAGUCUCCUCCCAUGGGGCCCCAAGUUUUUCUCGCAAGGCUACGGCGAUCCCGACAUUUACUUCAAACGACUUCAUCAGACGAUUGCCGCGGCGGCCGGUGGAGCCAACGGGCCGUAUAUGACACAACACGCACUAAAAGAAGGCAAGAAUCUCCAUGUCAAGGAAACCCGUCGCAAGAACGGACUCGUCUACUACCAAGGCACUUUCCAGAGUCCCAUGGCCGCAUUGUUUCCACAAGAAUCCCGUUAUUGUCAAUUCGUCAUGGUGGAACCUCAACAACUGCACUCUGCCAACAACAACAACAGUACUACUAGUACUAGUACUUCACCACCAGUCUACAUUUUCUUGUUUCCAUCGACGGGAGAAAUGGGCAAUGGCAUGCGUCUCGCCAUGGCCGAACGAUUGGCCCACAAAUACGGAUGGGCGUCCGUCAUUCCCACGGCGGCAUUUUACGGCAGUCGCAAACCCCGCGAUCAACUUUUGUUUUUCUUCAAUUCCGUCACCAAUAUUCUCUUGCACAGUGAAGGUGUCAUUGAAGAAGGCAUGCUGCUCACCAAUUGGAUUAUGUCGGAACGAUCUCCCCAAGCCCUGGUCUGUCAUUCGGGAUUUUCUCAUGGAGCCUGUACAUGCGCGUAUACAUCGGUCGGAUCGCUCUUGGUGGGGUUGGAUGGGAGUCGGAUGGCGUGUGCUCCGUAUACGGGAUUUGCAUCUCCCGGGGUGCUGGCCGAUGGGAUUCUGCAAAGUGUCCUCCAAUGGCGGGCACUGGCGCCUAGUAGUAAACAACACUUGUUCGAGUUGUUGGACCAAUCCCAACUCUCGCUAUUGACAUGUCACACUAAUGACAAUAAGUUGGCCGUCAUUCGAGGCAUGUCCUUUGAACGCGACGGGGUCAUCCAAGCCAAGUACACGCACGAGAUGCAACGACAAUUGGCCCAUGUGGCUGCCGAUGGGCAUGUUCCGGUGCAGUGGUUGCCCGGGGGACACAUUACGGCCGGUAUUACACGACCAUACUUUCAACAACGAUUGAUUGAACAAGCCGUACAAGAACUCAUUGUCAAAACGACAACUACACCAGCAAAUACUACAACUACUCGUGUCAAGGCGGACUAAUUUUGAAAAUACAAAGGGACUCUUUGGUGAUUGCAUAGAGUAAACACUGUCCAUCGUCUACCGGUAGAACCGUAAAUGCAUGUUAUAGAAUGAUAAAUGAUGAAUCAAAUAAAACGAUAUCUUUACCCUU